AUGCUUGAUGAACUUUCUAAACAUGGAUUGAUUCAUCAAGUGGCAUAUCUUAUAGACCUGAUCAACCAUACCACUCUAUCUUAUUCUGUUCAUACCGGUUUAAUUGGACUACUUGUUAAACUUACUUCUGGUUCUAUGGUGGCUGUGAAGACACUUUUUGAUCUUAAUAUAUGUAGAAUUUUGAAAGAGAUCUUUUCAAUAUAUGACCUUUCACAUGGAGUCCCUUCCCCUCGAACAAUUGAUGGACAUUAUAAUCAAAUGCAUGAAGUUUUGAAGUUGUUGAUUCAACUUCUACCCGUUGUAUCCAGAAAUCAAGAAGUUCCAUUAGCUGCAGAAAAAGAAGCUUUCUUGGUGACACAUCCUGAUCUUGUAGAGAAAUUUGGGAAUGAUUUAUUACAUGUCUUGAUCCAGGUUGUUGAUUCUGGGGUGGAUUUAUAUAUCUGUUAUGGGUGUCUAUCUGUUGUUGACAAGCUAUACCCUCCCAAUUUUAUCCCUCACAUUGAGAAAUGUUUCAUGGAAGCUGCCAAUUCGGGUUUUUUGAUUGGAUUCCCAGUUGAAAAUAUUUGUGUGGUUAUGACAGAUGGUGCUUCUCAUGCUGUGGUUAUGACAUAG